CUCAGGCUCUGUACGCCACACAUGGAAAUUCCACAACACUUGGAUCAUUCAAAAACACCAUGAAAACACACACCGAGCUUCCCAGACAGGAACAGCUCCACCUCCCGAAUUUCGCACUUGAACAAUGGCGUUGCCGUAUCUAUGUCCAUGCCCAUCUUCGUCACCGAGAUUUUGUCUCCUAAACACAAACCAGACACCCAAUUCGCCCAAGUUACGUCGUGUUAAUUGUUCGUCUUCCUCGAUUACCACCGACCAAACACAACAAAUAUCGUUCAGUGACGCCGAGUUGAAGCUCAUCGACGCCUUAAUUGGGAUUCAGGGCCGCGGCCGAUCUGCCUCUCCUCAACAGCUCAGUGAUGUGGAGUCUGCUGUGAAGGUCCUUGAAGGUUUAGAGGGCCUCAAGAAUCCUACAGAUUCUGGUCUGGUCGAAGGUCGUUGGCGGCUAACGUUCACCACGAGACCUGGAACUGCAUCCCCAAUCCAGAGAACCUUUGUCGGGGUGGAUGUGUUUACAGUGUUUCAAGACAUAUACCUAAGAACAAACGAUCCCCGAGUGUCAAACAUUGUGAAAUUCUCCGACAUUGUAGGAGAGCUUAAAGUCGAGGCAGUCGCAUCCAUUAAAGACGGCAAAAGGAUCCUAUUCCGGUUUGACAGAGCGGCUUUUUCUUUCAAGUUCCUUCCCUUUAAAGUUCCAUAUCCAGUUCCUUUCAGACUUCUUGGCGAUGAAGCAAAGGGUUGGUUAGACACGACAUACUUAUCACCCUCUGGAAACCUUCGCAUCUCAAGGGGAAACAAGGGAACCACAUUUGUGCUACAAAAGGUGAUCUUGCCCAGGCAGAAGCUGUUGGCUGCCAUUGCUGAAGGAAACGGGGUAACAGAGGCUAUCAAUGAAUUCCUUUCUUUGAAUUCUGAUUCUGAAAACAAUGACUAUGAGCUUCUAGAGGGAGACUGGGAAAUGAUCUGGAGUUCACAGGUGGAAACAGACAGUUGGAUAGAGAACGCGGCCAAUGGUCUAAUGGGCAAGCAGAUUGUCAAGAAGGAUGGACGGAUGAAAUUUGAGGUUAAUAUUGUGCCCGCGUUCAGAUUCUCCAUGAGUGGCAAGUUCAUGAAAUCAGGAAGCAGCAGGUAUGAUCUGAAGAUGGAUGAUGGAGCAAUCAUAGGUGGGCCAUUUGGAUAUCCGGUCGAGAUGGAAAAAACCAUCAAUCUUCACAUUAUGUACACGGACGAGAAGAUGAGAAUAAGCAGGGGAUACGAAAACAUUCUCUUUGUGCACCUUCGGACCGCUUAGAUGAACUGAAACUAAACUCCUUAUGAAGAAUGUAGCUUUGGGGAAGAACAAAGAAAGCUUUUGUGACUAAGAUUGCAUGAUGCAUCAAUAUGAGCACUAAUUAUAAUC